CGCCCUCUCUUCCGAGUGGACCCUACCCGUCCCCGCUCUGUCACCUCACAGUAGUCGUUGCCGGUGGCGGGUGUGGGGGCGCGUGCAGCGCAGGGCCGCCUUUCCCCCGCCCCUGAGCCCGGGCCUGGGCUCGGUCCCCCCGCUCCCUCCGCUCCCCACCCCCGUCGGGUACGGGAAGGUCCAAGCCGCUGCCGGGUGCCUGAGGGACUUCGUGGCCGCCGCCGCCACGGGUCCCGAUGGAGCCGCCGAAUCUCUAUCCGGUGAAGCUCUACGUGUACGACCUGUCCAAGGGCCUGGCCCGGCGGCUCAGCCCCAUCAUGCUGGGGAAACAACUGGAAGGCAUCUGGCACACCUCCAUAGUUGUGCACAAGGAUGAGUUCUACUUCGGCAGUAGCGGUAUCUCCAGCUGUCCCCCCGGAGGGACAUUGCUUGGGCCCCCAGACUCUGUGGUUGAUGUGGGGAGCACAGAAGUCACAGAAGAACUCUUUCAGGAGUACCUGUCCUCCCUGGGGGAGUCUCUGUUCCGGAGAGAGGCCUAUGACGUCUUUGAAAACAACUGUAACACCUUCACCAACGAAGUGGCUCAGUUCCUGACUGGACGGAAGAUCCCGUCUUACAUCACUGACCUUCCCUCUGAAAUUCUAUCCACGCCCUUCGGACAGGCCCUGCGGCCCUUCCUGGUUUCCGUCCAGAUCCAGCCUCCCGGAGGGAGCCCCGUGGGCCGACCCAACGGCCAGAGCUAACAGGACUGCAUGGGACCGCCCUGCCUCACCAGGGGCUUUUCCUUUUUAAACAAAACAAACCCUACCAGAUUUCUAUUUUAUAAUUUUACAUCAGAGCUAACAACCAGGGGACGGCUUUUUAAAUUUCCCAGGGAAGGAGAUCGUCAGGCUGCAUGUAGGACAAUGCUGCUAAGAAACAGAACAAAAUGCCAUCCCUUCUAAUAGUAUUAUACUAAUUUAUUAAGGCUGUCUUGUCUGUGAGUUCACUUCUGACGCUGCUGCCUGAGCGUCUUCCACACUGGAGAAAGGGAGGGGGUUUGUUUAAGCAGAAGGCAAGAGGCACAGUUUGGGGGAGCCCCGACCUAGCACCUCUUUCCAGAGAACGCCCACGCUCUACCCAGGUUGUCACCACCUGUCUCACCAGGUGAGUUUUACGACAUCGGUGAAGCAACAGUUGCGACAUCCCGGAAGCAGUUACUCUCUGGUUUUCAAAUGAACCAAAGGACUUGGUGCACCUGGGACCAGUUUCAGGAAGACUAACCCAACCUAAGUGAACUCUGUAGCCUCAACCUCUCUCAUCUUCCCUCCCUACCCCAAGCAAGGCCAUGGGGCCAGGCCUGGAGCAACCAGAAGCCUCAGGAUCGAGGGAGAGUGACAGCAAGUGUCAGGCCAGAGAACACAGGAUAAAGCCAUUCUUCCUUCCACCUACUGAUUGCCAAUCCUCUGACAUCAUUUUUUGAGAACAUGCCUUGCUGUCUGCAGGCUGCUCUUCCUCAGCAUAGCUGACCUGUCAUAGUUAAUGAAGGUUUGGGCUGGAACAGCAGAGACCCAGGCGUUUUGUCUACAAGUAAUAAUGUAGGUUAUUUGCCGUCACUGUACCCCCCACCAAUAUGCAAUAUUCGGCUAGGGACCAAGGGGAAAGGAUUCCCCGCUCUAGGAAAAUAUCCCUGAGGUAGAAAGAAUAAUAAUGCAGAAUCAAGGUAGCAAGAAAAUUUCGAGUUGUUUCCAAUAGAGAUUUUUUACAUUAUCCUCAAUGUGUUUUGAAGGCACACGUUAUUUCUGUUGUCAUUCUGACUUUAAGGGUGCAUUGUUGAGAGCCUGCCUGGGCAUUUUCCUCCUGAGCUGCUGCAGGAGAUUUUGGGAGGGACAAUCUGGACGUUUCUUCUCUGGAGAGGCUUUCAGAUUCCUUUUCUUCACAUGCCUCCCUUAAGUUAGUUUUUGGGGGAGUGAGUGUGGAAAAGGGACUUAGAACUGCUGGGUCCUUGAGUCCCAGGCCUGGCAUCUGUGGGCCCCUCCUGCCAUAGCUCCUGCCACUUCUCAGACUUGAAUUAUGUUCUCUUUCCUGGGGUCUGGCCUGUAGCAGGUGCCUUUGCUUUUCAAAAAGCUGCUGCUCGUCUCUGGCCUCCCUUCCUCCUGUCUCUGCCAUCAGUCAUAGCACCUGGUACCAUCAGGGUCUCAGCUAGAGGAAAAGAUGGUUUUCUGCCUUAGUGUUGGCCUGUGACCUGACCAGGGGCAUCUCCAUGGUGACCAGCUGUGAUGUCAAGGGACAUUGAGGAGAGCAGAAAACAGCAGAGACAAUUAUUUAUUGUGGACCUACUGGCAGAAUUGGGCUCAUGGAGAAUGGGCUUCAGGCUGGAUUUCUCCUGGGAGGGCAGCUCGUUUCUGGAGGCCUUGGCCCUGCCUCCCACCCAGUUUCUCUCCUUUUCCGGCUUGCCUCAACUAGCCCGCUCUUCCAGGCUUCUGCUCCAGACCUCUCCUCCCAGAACUCUGAGCUCUAUCCAGAGGGCAUCACAGGCUCCUCCCCCCUUCUCCUCCAUAUCUAGGUUCAGCUGGCUUCACUCUUAAUAGCAGUCACUCUAGACCCAGGAGAAGUUAGCCAAAGUGGCUACCCUGAGAGACUGAGUCACUCAGUUCAUUGAAAGGCCCCCUUCAUGCCCAGCAGCCAUUUGUGCCAAUGCCUAUGCCCUAGGGAUUGUGGGGAGAGAUGGAGGGAUCACCCAGCUGUCUUCUCAGAGCUCUCCAGGAAGGCAAGCUCUCUCUCCUCAUCCAAGUCCCACAGUCACUCAUUUUGGAAGCCUGGGGUCAGGCUACGACCCUCAACCCCAUCCUCACAUUUCUCAGUCAAUACCAGAACCCCAGGAGCAUGCUCAUUGUGACCAGCUAGCUCCACACAGGUGUGCAAGGUGAGCAGAGUGAGAAAAGAACCAUGUGUGUAAUCAUAUCCACGAAGGUCCAUUGGUUUGAAGGGACAGGGAAGGAGGAGGGAUGAGACCAUCACCCCCUCCCAAAAUAAAGCUAUACCUUUGAGAUUCCUUUUUGCCCUUGAAGUCAAACUAAUAACUGUCUAGUACAGAGGUGUUUGCUCGUUUUCUUUGGUGUUUUUUCAAAUGCAAUAAACUCAUUUCUGCCUGCUA